AUGCCGGUUACCGGAAAUAAUAUAUUUAUGUUAGAAGUGAUCGUGUACCGCGUGACCUUGACGGACCAGGUUCAGAUACAUAAUACAUGUCCGGUGUGCGUAUGCUUCCGGUUUCCAGGACUGGUUGAAUUGGUGGUAUGCGAGGGUGGCUUUUGUGCCGACGGUAAGGUUGGCGGUGGUGAAAUAUUGAUGACCUACGGCAAGUCAUGUUUGUUCGCAAUUAGCAAUGCGGACCUUUGCCGGAUAGCCCGUGACUUUCGCGCGAUAAUCAGCGUUAACAGGCGCGUGGAUGGUGAACAGCAAAUGCGAUACGUCGCACAAACGCAUCUCGAAUUCGACCGGACGUUUACCGAUGUUAUACUUAAUCCCAACCAAGCUGAAAGGUUUCGGAAACUGAAAAAGGUCUUGCCAUUGUAUGAUAAUGGCCGUCCGAAUCCUGUUGGCACCAUAGAACUCUUUGUCCGUUUGACUUCGCAGGGGGAUUUAGUGGUGACUCAUUUCAACCGUGCUCCGGAUAGUAAUAAUUAUCAGUACAAAUCUGUUCCUAUACAAAUGUCGGAGACAAAAUGUUCCGAAAGAAGAUCACUUCCAAAGAAAAUAUGCAAACAUAAAACUUCGUGUAGAAAUAAACUACCGAAGUCCAAGCAAGAUCCACAUUGCGACAAAGAAAUAAGACAGGCUAACUGCAUUUUGACGAUGAUGGAAAAGUUAAAAGCUUUGUACAAAGAGAUGGAGACAACUUCACUGGCGCAAAAUAGCGAGUUUGAUACAAACAAAACUGAUCGCGGAAAACCGUGCAUGUUCGAUCUGAAUUGUCCAGUCGUUCGUUGUCCGUUCAGGAAAAGCCAACCAGAAAACGCGUUUGUCGAUCACCUGAUCAACGGUACCCGUCCCGAUAAUGACCAGUCUCCGAAUAGUUCAUUGGAUGACCGUGAAAUUGUGGACGAUGCAGAUUUAUUCGUUAUAAACGUGGGUCGGGUGGACCCGUGCCGGGUGAUCACGCCACCGAAGUACAAGGACGGUUGUUCGCAGUGUUUUGAAACGGACUUUCCCAAAAAAUAA